GAACGUGGAGGCGGACGUAGCUAUCCGCAGCACGGCGGCCAUCUUUACGUACUGUCGAUCCCGAGGUCUGUUUGCUGGUAUUUCUCUGGAGGGAUCUGGUCUGAUCGAACGCAAAGAGACAAACCGCAAGUUCUACUCCCAAGACAUCCGUGCGUCGGCCAUUUUGAACGGCGACGUGGAGCCGCCUCCAGAAUGCUACGACCUGUACCACAUCCUGGAGAGCUACACCGACGCCUACACCGCCGACUGGACCAGCAAGAACAUCCGCCCCCGGUCAUCUCUUCCUCCAUCCAGACCUCCACCUCCCUCUCAGAAGAGAUUGGGGAGCACCUACCAGCCCCCGCCAGACAGAUACCAGGCCCCGCCAGACAGAUACCAGGCCCCGCCAGACAGAUACCAGGCCCCGCCAGACAGAUACCAGGCCCCGCCAGACAGAUACCAGGCCCCGCCAGACAGAUACCAGGCCCCACCAGACAGAUACCAGGCCCCACCAGACAGAUACCAGGCCCCACCAGACAGAUACCAGCCGCCACCGCCGUCUAAAAACACCCUCUACCCGAGCAUCUCUGUCUAUAAAUCUGAGACCUCUG